AUCAUACAGAACUCCGGCAGCUGGGGAUGCACUUUCUGCUCUCUCAUAACAGUCUGGAACCCUGGGAUAGCAAUGAGCUCCUAUCUCCUAAUUACCUGCGUUCUAUCCUCACUUGCAGCCACAGCUUAUUCUCUGACUUGUAUAGAAUGUACAUCACAGAAUGAUCAGAUAUGUAACGGAACAUCAGUAACCUGUCCGCCUGGGAGCUACUCCUGUAUUUUAUCCUAUGGAGUUACAACACUGGGUGGAAUGAAAGUUUCCAACAUUUACGUCAGACAAUGUGGAGAGAGUAGGAUGUGUUCCAGGUCUGGAAGUAUGAGCGUUCCGGAUGGUAGACUGAAGACUAGUACCACCUGCUGUAACACCGAUAACUGCACCCCUCCUCAGCCCGUCCUUACAGAAGACAUGAAUAGUAAAAAUGGGGUGACAUGCAAAGGCUGCUUCUCUCCAAACUCCAGCACGUGUAAAGCUGAGAUCUUAAUGAAUUGCAUUGGAAAUGAGACAGAGUGCGUGACCCAGCUGACGAGUACAACAGGGAGCAUACUGUCCAAAACGAUAUCACGUGGCUGUUCCACUAAGGAGAUGUGCGAACCGACUCGCCAAGUGUGGAAGCUGGGGCCAAAGAUUGUUAAUGUUGAAACCAAAUGUGCCAACAGCUGUGGUUAUCUCCGCCAAAGUCUCUUUCCGCUGGUUAUCUCUGUCACUGUCUUUCUAAAACUUGUGUGAUGAAAACCAAAGCAGUCAAUAAUUGUAUUCCUGUCAAUGUAUAUAUUGUGCAUGUAUUUUACAAAUGGGGAUUAUAACACUGGAACUUGCUUUAGCAUUAAGGGGGUAAUUCUGAGUUGAUCACAGCAGGAACUUUGUUAGCAGUUGGGCAAAACCAUAUGCACUGCAGGGAGGACAGAUAUAACAUGUGCAGAGAGAGUUAGAUUUGGGUGGGUUAUUUUGUUUCUGUGCAGGGUAAAUACUGGCUACUUUUUUUUUACACUGCAAUUUAGAUUGCAGAUUGAACACCAGACCCUCCAACAUGACCCGCCCCACUAGGUACAAAAUGCUCUGUUUCUGGACUUCCCUCUUAAUUUAUGAUUUCCAUCACCUGUGUUGAACUAGAUAAAUGAUAAGAAAGCUGUUUCUUCACAGGUGA